UACAUUAACAGUCUCAAGAUGGCAGAGUCAUACUCUUUGUCUUUCCACACUGUUGGUGGAGCCACAAAACCUGAGGGACAGCUGGAGACUGGAUACUAUGUGCAAAAAACAAUUAUGAUGAUAACUAUCCCAAUCUGCACUUUAGGAUUACUUGGAAAUGGAAUUGUCCUCUGGUUUCUUGGGUGGAGGAUUAGGAAAACUAACUUCACUGUGUAUUUCCUGAACAUGGCAAUUGCUGAUCUUACCGUACUGUUCUACUAUAUUACAGCUUUUAUUUUAUUUUUGAAAGCAGUUCCGAUCAGCUUAUACUAUUUACAUAUAAUAGAACUGGUGCAUGCAUUUGGAUUCAAUGCCAGCACCUAUCUGCUAACAGCUAUCGCUGCUGAAAGGUAUCUCAUGGUCUUUUUCCCAGUUUGGUAUCAACAUAGCCGGCCAAAGCUUCUUUCAGAAUUUAUGUGCAUUAUUUUGUGGGGUCUGUCUGGCCUGAUGUCACUGGUGUUAUAUUUUGCCUGCUAUCUACAAUAUGAUUCAUCGCUCACUGAAGGUAAACUUGGCUGUGAGCCUUCAAAACUGUUCCGAGUGAUUUUCAACCUCCUGGUUUGUCUUCCCAUCAUGGUAUUUUCCACUUUGAUCCUUUUUAUCAGAAUGCUGAGGACAUCACAGCAAAUCCCUGUGGCAAAGCUGGACAUCACCAUUGUGGCCACAGUUCUUCUGUUUGUUUUAUUUGCUGCUUCAGUAAGGAUCAUUGACAUCUUAGCUCAUUGGGUUCCAAGCAUACAUGUACCAGUGCUCUUUCUCAUUCUUCAUUUUCUUGAUUCCAUAGAUAGCAGUGCGAACCCUUUUGUAUAUCUCUUUGUUGGAUAUACAAAGGAAAAAGUGGCUGGCGAGAAUGCCAUCCAGACGUAUCUUGAGAGAGCUUUGUUGGAUGAUGGAAAUGCUACAAUAGAUGGAGGAAAUACUCGUAUAACCUGGGCCUCUGGUACAAAAUAAAAAGGAUUAUAUAGAGAGGAAUAUUGUAAAAGAAGUAUACACACGAGAAUACUGGUCAGCAUUCCUUGCUCCAGAAUAAAUGUAUUACAGACAGAUUAUAUAUCCUUCUUUACUUUUAAUAACCCAUCUAGGCUCUGAUGCGAAUGCUUACCUCACCUUCAGGUCUCUCUGGUCCUUAGCCACUCUUGUCUUGUCAGGUAACAGAGGAUGAGGAAAGGACAGAUAGUUGGCUGAUGGGAGGAAGGUAGAAGGGUAAGACUACAUGAACCUUCCUGGGGCAGAACUGAAUUGGCUUCUUCUCGAGGUGGUUCAUCAGCAAGUAUUUGGAAGAAGGGAAGUCAAUCUUGAUGACAGAGGCAGAGGGCCAGCAAAUGACCCAGAUAACACAUUUGUGCAUAGGUAUCCAUUAAUGUACAAGUACAGCUUGGCCAAUAAAAUAUAAGUUAAAAUAACCUGCAG